AUGAGUGAUCUAGAUGAUUUCUUCGCCAAGAAGGACAAGAAGGGCAAGAAUAAGACCGUCAAGAAGAAGGGCUUGUCCAACGAUGAUCUGGAGAAGAAGUUUGAUGAAAAGUCUAGCGGCGAUACUACCGGCGACAAGAUCAAAGCAAGGAAAUAUGUAAAUUUUGAUAAUUAUGUUCAGGACGCUGAAGCCGAGUGGAACGAUUUUAAUGAUGAUGAAAGCAAAGACUAUUCGGGUCUUAAGAUUCAAACGUUGAGCAUGAAGGACAAAGAGGAGGUGCAAAGAGAGGAAGAGGAGUCUACCAAGAAGGAGCAAGCCCUUCCGGCAUGGAAAGAGGGCGGCGAAGAGCAGGAAGCUGCUCCGGCCGCUCAGCCUGCAAAAGCUGACUCAGACUUAGUGUCUCUUUUUCGCAAUCGCAAUCAAAUCAAGAUCAAUGACACGGUUGAAUUUCCCGAUCUUGGCACCCCCUCUGAGGCUUACGAAGAACUGAAAGGCUUUCAAACUGUUCGAACCGCUGGGCCCCCCAGACCUGGUGCCUCUGCCAAUGAAUCCAUUUCAACUGAUAAUAAGUACCAAGCUUUGAAAAACAAUUCCAACUGA